CCAACGCCACGCCAAUAGCGGGCGCGCACCCGACAGCCUUGAAGCCCGCUCGCUCGCUCGACCAGGCGAGAGAGACGAGAUCCGCUCCGGACCGGCGGCGAGAAGGAUCGCCGGAGGCCGGGCGAUGCCGGUGACGGACCACCAGAGCUCAUCUCCCUCGCCCUUCUCCUUCGGACGCUCGCUGCUCUCGCUGCGCAGGGACCCCACCGCCAUGCCGUCGGGCGAGGAGGCCGACCUCGAGGCGUUCCAGCGCCACGUGGCGUCGACGCUCGCGGAGCUUCUGCCCGCGGCGGAGGCCGGGGUCGGUGGUAGCGACGCCACCGCCGGGGCGGGCGAGGAGUUCCUCUCCGCCGCGUGGAUCCGCCGCCUGCUCGAGGCCUUCGUGCUGUGCCAGGAGGAGUUCCGCGUCUUCGUCGCCCAGGCGCGCCGCCGUGCUGGGGCGCUGCCCGCGGCGGCCGAGAAGACGGUCGCCGAGUUCCACGAGCGCGCCGUCAAGGCGCUCGACGUCUGCAACGCCGCGCGCGACGGUGUUGACCAGGUGCGCCGCUGGGAGCGGCUCGCCGACAUCGCCGCCUCCGCGCUGCGGGCGCCGGGGGAGGUCCACGAGGGCCAGCUCCGCCGCGCGCGCAAGGCGCUCACCGACGUCGCCGCGCUCCUCGUCGACGACACCGCCGCGUCCGGCGCCGGCGGCGUCGCCUCCUUCCUGUCCUCCCACCGCAACCGCUCCUUCGGCCGCGCGCGCGCCUCCCCGUCGCGCAGCGCCGGCGCCAGCGCCAGCGCCUCAGCCUCAGCCUCCCACUUCCGCUCCCUCUCCUGGAGCGUGUCCCGCACCUGGUCCGCCGCGCGCCAGCUGCAGGCCAUUGGGGCCGGCCUGGCCGCGCCGCGCGCGCACGAGCCGGGCCUCGCCGCCCCCGUCUACUCCAUGGGCUGCGUGCUGCACCUCACCGCGUGGGCGCUCGUCGUCGCCGUCCCGUGCCCGGACCGCGGCAACGCGCUACAGGCCCAUCACCUGCCGGGCGCGCCGCCGCGCGCCACGUUCCCGUGGGCGCCGCCCCUCCUCACCCUGCAAGAACGCCUCACCGAGGAGGGCAAGCGCAAGGACAGGCGCCAUUCCUGUGGCCUGCUCAAGGAGAUCCAUUCGCUCGAGAGGUCCACGCAGAGGCUCGCCGAGGCGAUCGACGCAGCCCCGAUCCCGCUCUUCGGCGACAGGGAGGCCGACGUGCGGGAGGCUGCCGCGGAGCUCGCUGCCGUGUGUGAAGCCAUGAGGGACGGCCUGGAGCCGCUGGAAAGGCUGCUGCGCGAGGUGUUCCACCGCAUUGUGCGCAGCCGUGUCGAUGGCCUCGAUUCAUCCAUGCACAACGCCGACUGAUUCGCCCCGCUCGCCCGCUGAUCGAGAUUCUGACUUCAUUUGGGCAAUGUGGCGACCCUAGGUAGCUUUUCUUGCUUCUUGGUUUGCUCAAAUUUUUUUUCUGGUCAUAUAUAUUAUGUGUAUCUUCUUGUAAAGAAGUGAUUUGAAUGCAGCCAUCCUUGCUGUAAAGAUGGCUGCUUAGUUCCCAUGUUUUUUUAUGCUGCAUUUGGUAUAUAUAU